AUGGAGCAAGGACGGCCGCUUGUCAGGCGAACGCCCACUGCGACUGCCCAUGUUGGAGGAUACUAUAGUGCUCGGUUGAGGAAUCUCAUGAAGAAGAGACAGUAUGUCAUCACGAUGUUGGACGGGGGUCCUGUAGAAGAUUAUUUUGUGGAUCUAUUGGACCAGUGGAAGAUUGGCGAGAACGGUGCCAAGAAUGCACCACCAGGAAGCGAAUUGUUCAAUAGUAUCGUCGAAUUUAUGGACGCGAGAGCCCGUGAACUCCUAGAACUAAUGGAUGGCGUCGCGACUCUCCAUUCUGUCGUCACUGUUCCUCCUGGACCCACCCCCACCUCGUCGGACGACUCGCCUGCAGAAACUCCCGAGCCCACAGAGGAACCUGGUAUUGAGGACGGUGUUCCUGUGGACGGUGAACUCCCGCCUGUCGAGGAGGACUCGGAGGAGCUUCCGGAAAUUGAGGAGACGCAGACGGAGAGUGCCCCAGAGCCAGAGUCCACAUCCAACUCACCUCUCCCCGAAACUGAACCUGAGGCCGAACCUGAGGCCGAAGCCUCUGAAGUUCCUAGAGCGACUUCUGAACCCCUCGACGAUAUUCCUGUGCAGACCCCGCCUGCUCCUGCUCCAAGUCCAGCGGGAGGCAGGUCUGGCUCGAUUCCUCAAGCCCCCGUCGUGACUGUUAUUCCCCAACCCAACCCCGACAUCGUUAUUCUCGCCUCUGAGGGAAGAACAGAAACGAGGACGCUCGCUACUCCACCGCCUGGUGCUACCCCAGCUCCCCAACCCACGCCUGUUGCGGGAGGUGACGAAGGCCGACCUCGUGUUCAGACCCUCACGGUCAUCAGUGGAACUGAGACGAGGACCAUUAUAGCCGAACUCGCGCAGAUUACCUCGGCUGGUGAAUUCGAGCAGGACUGA